AGUAUCGCGCGCGCGAGUGUGGGUGCGUGCGCGCGCGUGUUUGUUUGCGCGUGAGGGAGGUGACUGCUGUCGCGACUGUCGCGAGGCGCUAUCACACGUAGGCCUGCCGUGGACGUCGCAUCCUCGCGUCGCACACCCGGAUCCCCUCGCACGGCUGCGUUUAGAUAUCGUUGGGCGCGCAGAGGCACAGGGUGCACACCGGCGAGAUGUCGUACGAAACGAAAUAUAUAUUUGCUACACUGCCGAGGACCCAAAGGGGACAACCUCUUGUACUAGGUGGCGACCCUAAAGGAAAAAACUUUUUAUACACCAAUGGUAACAGUGUUAUCAUUAGAAAUAUUGACAAUCCAGCAAUCGCGGACAUUUAUACGGAACAUUCUUGCCCUGUGAACGUUGCCAAAUAUUCUCCUAGCGGUUUUUACAUAGCUUCGGGAGAUCAGUCGGGUAAAGUGCGUAUUUGGGAUACAGUUAACAAGGAGCAUAUAUUAAAAAAUGAAUUUCAACCUAUUGGCGGACCCAUCAAAGACAUCGCUUGGUCAGCGGAUAGUCAGCGCAUGGUUGUGGUCGGAGAAGGAAGAGAAAGAUUCGGGCAUGUCUUUAUGGCAGAAACAGGGACGUCGGUGGGCGAGAUCUCUGGUCAGAGUAAAUCUAUCAACUCGUGCGACUUUAGGUCGGCUAGACCGUUUAGAUUAAUAACUGGAAGCGAGGAUAAUACUAUCGGCGUAUUCGAAGGCCCUCCAUUCAAAUUUAAGAUGACGAAGCAGGAGCAUACGCGUUUCGUUCAAGCCGUACGUUAUUCGCCUGACGGAAAUCUAUUUGCUUCCGGUGGAUUCGACGGGAAAGUAUUUAUAUAUGACGGAACAACCUCCGAUUUUGUUGGGGAAGUGGGAUCCCCCGCACACCAAGGUGGAGUCUACGGAGUCGCAUGGAAGCCCGAUGGUAAACAAUUAUUAACUGCCUCCGGAGAUAAAACUUGUAAACUGUGGGAUGUAGAAACACGUUCUUUAAUUACCGAGUUCAAUAUGGGAACGACGGUCGACGAUCAACAAGUGAGCUGUCUAUGGCAGGGAAACCAUUUAUUGUCCGUGUCACUUAGCGGCUUCAUCAACUAUCUUGAUGUCGACAAUCCUCAGAAGCCUAUAAAGAUAAUAAAGGGUCAUAACAAACCAAUAACGGUGCUAACACUAAGUCCUGAUAGAAGUACGAUUUAUACCGGCUCUCACGACGGCUAUAUUACCAAUUGGAAUGCGGAGACAGGGGAGAAUGAUCGUGUACAAGGGCACGGUCACGGUAAUCAAAUUAACGGGAUGAAGGCCACGGGUAACUUGCUCUAUACGGCCGGCAUCGACGACACUUUAAGGUCAGUCGAUAUCGCGACGAAUGCAUACGCGGAGACCGCUGUGACAAAAUUGGAUUCGCAACCACGAGGUCUGGAUAUAUAUAACGAUAUAGCUGUGGUUGCUUCAGUUCGACAGAUUGCGGUUACACAAGAUGGUAAAAAGCUGUCGAGUUUAUCAAUUAAUUACGAGCCAUCGUGCGUGUCAAUUAAUCAAGAAACCGGAGACGUAGCUGUUGGAUCCACAUCUGAUAAUAAAGUUUAUAUCUACGAGUUGGCGGAUACUACAUUAACUCAAAAGACUGAACUAGAACACCUGGGCCCAGUUACGGAUGCCUCGUAUAGUCCCGAUAAUAAAUAUCUAGUUGCCUGUGAUGCAAAUAGAAAAGUCAUACUGUAUGCCGUACCAGAAUACAAGAGGCUUGCACACAACAGAGAAUGGGGCUUCCACAAUGCAAGAGUAAAUUCUGUCGCAUGGUCUCCUAACUCUGACAUGGUUGCGAGUGGUAGUCUUGACACCACCAUCAUCAUCUGGAGCGUGACAAAUCCAGCAAAGCAUACCAUCAUCAAAAAUGCUCAUCCUCAGAGUCAAAUAACACGCUUGGUCUGGCUGGAUGAGGAAACUUUAAUCUCCGUCGGACAGGACUGCAAUACUAAAAUAUGGCGUAUAGAAAAGAUAUAAUUAACUUUUGGAAGAAUUUAUUGCCACUUCUAAGGAAACUCAAUUUUGGAGGCAUUUUAUUUAUUUCGUAGUCUACGAAUAUUGUAUAUUAUUUUUUAAUACAAUUCUUGAUAUAUGAUAUUAAAAAAUUAUAUUGCAAUCUCUCUUGCACCUUUUUUAUCGACUUUAUUAGUAGAAUAAUUCACAUCCCAUAUAACCAAGACCGCAGGCUCUCGCGCCGCGGCUUUAUUUUCGCAUAUAUGUAGAGAUAUUGCAUUUGCACUAAGAAUCACACGACUUAUCUAACUUGUCUUUAUUAAAACGAUGUAACAAUAACAAGAAAGCGAUAACAAUUCGAACACUAAAAGUCUUCAGGAACAUGAUCACACUUUGUACACUUAUCGAGGAUGUUAUUAUGAUUUGUCUUACCAUUAAUCAGUCCGGAGUGCUGCUUUUACAAAUUCAACUAUGUUCGCAAUCCACACCAUUCAUUGGUGGGCGUGUUCAUUCUAUGAACUUUGUUGCUAAAUUAUUCUCUAAUUCAACAUACCUAGAACAACGCUCUAUUAUUUUCAAUACAUUUAAUAAAAUAUUUUGUUUUAAUCUCUUUCCUUCUCUUUCCUCAAUUUAAAUUUGAACUUUUAAUAGAAAGAUUCAGUGUAAGAGAGAGGUAUCCUAGCGAGGGUUAAAGUGUCUAUAUAGAGUAACACAGUAGAGUGACUUUACCAUCACAGUAUUGACGGCUUUGACGUACUAUACCGCGGACGUUU